UGCGUCCCUCGUGACUCCCCUGGAAUUGCUCUCGGCUGUCCCGUCCGUGGCCAUUUUGGCUCAAGUCACAGGGCUUCGAAGGGUGCCAUCCCAACUGCUACCUGCGCGCCAUGCCCGUGUUGCUGUGCGGCCCAGGCUUGAUGGCACACUCUGGGUUCGACUGCGCUGCGCCCGGUCGGUUCCGCGUGUUGUCGUCGGCCGCUGGAAAGUGCAGCCUCGGCGAGCCCGCAAAGGUCCACGUGGAGUGGCGCUCGCCGUGCCCAGCGCGCCCCGCCAACGCCGUGCAGCACCUGCCGAGCGAGGCCCACGCCGCGGUGCCGGAGAGGCAGACCUUCCUGAGGCGGCCGGUCCUCAGGCUGGCGGAGCUCGAGGAGCUCUCCGCGCCGCCGGCCGCCCGUGCAGGAGGGCAGAGCGCUGCGGGGUGCGGCGGCCGAGGAGCUGCCGGCGGCGGCCGCACCUCGGGCUGCCCGCCCGGCCUGCCGGCGCCGUGCCCGCCGGGCGCAGCUGCGGUGCAGGCCCCUGCGACCAGCGCAGCCGGCGGCGUCACCACGGUCAUGCUGCGCCACGUGCCGGAGGCCGUCACCCAGGAGGGUCUCCUCCUCGAGCUUGACCGGGCGGGCUUCGCCCUCGAGUACGACUUCGUGCACCUCCGCUCGGACCUGCGCAGCCGGUUCAGCUCUGACCGCGGCAUGGCCUUCGUGAACUUCUUGACCCCGCAGGUCGCUGGCGCGUUCUCCGAGGCGUUCCACGGCGCCCGCGAGGUGGGCGGGCAUGCGCUGGAGGCCGGCUGCCUCGAGGUGCUCCCGGCGAAGAUCCAGGGCUUCGCGCUCAACGCGGCUCAGCACUACCCGUCCGCCAGCGCCGCUCGCCGUGGCUUCCAGAGGGCCCGCCCAGUCUUCCUGCCCAAGACGGCAGACGCGCACGCGCAGCUCAGGAGUCUCAUGCGCCGGCGCCCGCUGCAGCCCAGAACCCUCGCCCACCAAGGCCGGCCGAGGUCGGCGGGAGAAGGAGCCUGAGCACGCACGGGGCGGGCCUAGGACUAGGGGUUCAACCUUUCCAGCGUGUUCCGAGACGCUCUCAGAGCGUUCCAGAGCGCUCUGGAACGGCCGCUCAUGUGUCCUGGCCAUGGCUUCUUCUUAGCGCACGCUCUGGCGGCGCUCUUCUCGCCACUUCCGGAGACGUGGGCCGUGCCCCUGCUCACCCAGCGUGUCCUCGUGGCUGCCACCGAUGCCGUGAGCGUGCACAUUACAGACAUGCGCACACAACCCAGGGACACGUGCUGAAACGGGAGCGAUGCUUGCCGAAGGCCUCCAGAAGUCCCCGUGGGCGGUCGAGGGAAGGCCAGCAGGCUUGGCCUGAGCGGGCUGCCUGCGGGCCGCGACAGUCGGCGCGGGGUGAAGUGGGUCACCCGCGCGCCGCGGCUUUGCUUGCGGUGGGGAUUCACAGUGCAACCCUUGCGUGGGCAUUGGGCGAAAGCUCAGUUUGCUUCUUUUAGAAGCCGUGUGUUGGUCUCCUGCGCUCUGCGAAGUAGCUGGCGCUGCAAGCCUCGAGCAAUUUCUGCCCUCUUCCCGCCCCCUAUUCCCGCCUCUUCGCAAGUCUUCCACCUCGUUGUUAUUUUUUGUUGGAAGUCGAAUGGCAGCGCAGUAUGAUUCUGUGCCGCGCGUGCUCUAUACGCGCUUAGCUGGCCCGUGCAGGGCCUUCCGCGCGCCGCGGUUUUGCUUGCGGCGGGAAUUCACCCUGCACCAUCCAUGGACCCGUUUUUUGGUCUUCUGCAGCCUGCGAAGUAGCAGGUGCCGCAAGCCUUGUGCAAUUUCUGCUCCCUUCCCGCACCCAUUCUCGCCUCUUCUCAAGUCUUCCACCACCUUGUUUUUUUUAGGAGGUGAUGGCAGCGCAGUCAGAGUCAGAGAGAUGAUUAUGUGCCGCGCUUGCUCUAUAUGUGGCCAGUUGCCCUACGCCGUCUGGCAGCGCCGAGAUCAGGGACGUACAUGGGGC